AUGUACGUCCAGGGCCGACGAGCGAACGCGCGUCUUCCUCCUGAAGUAAACCGCGUUCUAUACGUACGCAACCUGCCGUUCAAGAUCUCGUCUGAAGAGCUCUACGACAUCUUUGGCAAGUACGGGGCCAUCCGCCAGGUCCGUCUGGGCGUGAACAACGACACGCGGGGGACGGCGUUUGUGGUCUACGAAGACAUUUACGACGCCAAGAACGCCGUGGACCACUUGUCCGGCUUCAACGUGUGCGGCCGCUACCUCAUUGUGCUCUACUACCAGGCGAACAAGAUGCAGCAGCGCAAGGGCGCGGCCGUCGACUUCGACAAGCAGAAGCAGGAGCUGCAAGACCUCAAGCAGAAAUACGGCGUGGAGUGA